AUGACAUGUGAGCCAACGAUUCCAACAAUGCCGAAGUUCACCACAGGAAGCCUUGGAUUGCUCACACGGGCAAUCAACAUGUCCCGGACCGUGAACUCAAAAGGUUUGGGCCCAGAUGAGUUCAACAACAUGUCUUUUGACAACAACAUGGACACCUGGUGGCUGGCGCUCCCAACAGCGCUCUACUCAGCCAUCACGCCGGAGACAGAGUUGCCAACAACCCUGAGAGGCAACACGAUGUGUCCUCGUUGGGACGAACUCAUCAUGAGUCCAACACCGUCCACAGCAAUUUGCAACAUGUUCUACCACGCCACAGAGUUGCACAUUGAGAGCAACAACUGGCAACAAGCCAAAUUGCUUGCAUUGUGCACCAACAGCGCCCAACAGAAGAGACGCAUCGGAAAUGGCACAAUCAACCUCUUCAACAGAGGGUACUUCAUGGAAACACAAAUGCAAGUUGAGGCUGGCCAUUUUCUCAACUUGACCACAGAUGAGUUUUCAACCGUCCAACUGUGGAGCAUUACGGCCAACACCACUGGAGGCAACAUUCUCCAGAAGAUUGCCAAUGCCCUCAUCAACGGCUUGGAGUACACCGGAAUGCAAGCACUCAACAGGAUGCCAACACAGGUUCAACAGCAUUUGAACCAGGUCUCGGAGAACCAACAUCCUCUCCAACAAGGCAUUCAACUUCCAUACUGGGGGGCCAAGACAUCAGAGCGUUUUCGUGGCAACCCAACGAUCCUGGAAUUUGUCAAUGCCAACACCAACAUGGCUCAGUACAACAUUGAUUUCAACGAAUACCAUGGAGCAACAAGAGAAGAUGCCAACAUGGAUGAAGAGACGAAGGGUUGA